AUGAGCUUCGUGGCCUACGAGGAGCUAAUCAAAGAGGGUGACACAGCCAUCCUGUCCCUGGGCCAUGGCGCGAUGGUGGCCGUGCGUGUGCAGCGUGGGGCCCAGACCCAGACCCGGCACGGCGUCCUGCGGCACUCAGUGGACCUCAUCGGCCGCCCCUUCGGCUCCAAGGUGACCUGCGGCAGAGGCGGCUGGGUGUAUGUGCUGCACCCCACACCGGAGCUCUGGACACUGAACCUGCCGCACCGCACCCAGAUCCUCUACUCCACCGACAUCGCCCUGCUCACCAUGAUGCUGGAGCUUCGGCCUGGCUCCGUGGUCUGUGAAUCUGGCACCGGCAGCGGCUCCGUGUCCCACGCCAUCAUCCGCACCAUCGCGCCCACGGGCCACCUGCACACGGUGGAGUUCCACCAGCAGCGGGCAGAGAAGGCUCGGGAGGAGUUCCAGGAGCACCGCGUGGGCCGCUGGGUGACCGUGCGGAACCAGGACGUGUGCCGCAGCGGCUUCGGCGUGAGCCACGUGGCAGACGCCGUCUUCCUGGACAUCCCCUCGCCUUGGGAGGCCGUGGGGCAUGCCUGGGACGCCCUCAAGGUCGAAGGUGGGCGCUUCUGCUCCUUCUCGCCCUGCAUCGAGCAGGUUCAGCGCACGUGCCAGGCGCUGGCAGCCUGCGGCUUCUCGGAGCUGAGCACCCUGGAGGUGCUGCCCCAGGUCUACAACGUGCGCACCAUCAGCCUGCCCGCGCCCGACCUGGGGGCCAGCCCCGGCCCUGACGCCAGCCCCUUCCGCAGCGGCACGCCCAUGAAGGAGACCGUGGGCCACACUGGCUACCUGACUUUCGCCACCAAGACUCCGGGCUAG